UCUUAUGCGACGCCCCGACCUCGGUGUGUUUUUUUCCUCCCAAGUUUUUCUACACCCUCCGAUCCAACCCACAAUACCACGUUCUCUCUCUACCUUCUCUUUCUUUCUUGCCUGUUUAGAAAGUUUAUUCCGAAUUUUGAUUCUACUUAGAUCCCAUAUUCUUCAUUGUUGGAUCCGUACUCUCUCUCUCUCUCUGCUUGUACAAAACGCCAUUUCCUUAUAUAUAUUCCUUCUCACCCUCUUCUUCAAACAGUUUUAAGAGUUCCCCCCUCACGCAAACAAAAAAGGAAAGAGAAAAAAAAAAACCUGAACUCACGAGAAAACAAAAGAAUAGAGAAGAAUUUUGAAGAGGCUUGUAUUGUUAAUUUGCGAUGCAAUUCUCUGAGAAAAUCCAACCCCAGAAGAUGGGGUUUCGCGAGUACAUCGAAGCAUUGGAGGACGAGAGAAGAAAAAUCCAAGUCUUCCACAGAGAGCUUCCCCUGUCCUUAGAACUUGUCGCGCAAGCAAUUGAAGCCUGCAGGCAGCAGUUAUCUGGAACAACGACAGAGUACAAUUUGAAUGGCCAAUCGGAGUGUUCGGAGCAGACAUCAACGGACGAUCCUGUUUUUGAGGAGUUCAUUCCAAUCAAGAAAAGGGCUUCACCUGAUUGCGAUGAAGAAGAUGAUGAAGAAUAUUAUGAUGAUGGUGAAGAGCAACAUUCUCAUAGAAACAAGAUUCAAAAGGAGGAUAGUACCAACAACAAUAAUAAUAACAGCAGCUGCAGCACUGAUAAGAAAAAAUCUGACUGGCUCAGAUCUGUUCAAUUGUGGAACCCUGAUCCCCAACCACCUAAAGAGGAUGUUCCUAGAAAAGCGUCUGUUGUGGAAGUGAAGAGAAGCAUUGGUGGUGCUUUUCAGCCAUUUCACAGAGAGGAGAGCACUGUUGGAAAGGUUAAUGCAUCAUCAUCAUCAUUGCCAACUGCCAAAACGCCUUCUUCUCCGCCGGUACCAGCAACAAGUUCCACAGGACCUGUAUCGACCGGAGGCAAUGCUGGAAGCGGCGGUAAAAGAGAGGAUAAAGGACAGGGUCAGAGGAAGCAGCGGCGGUGCUGGUCACAGGAACUACACAAACGGUUCCUUCAUGCCCUUCAGCAGCUUGGAGGUGCAGAUUCUGCCACCCCAAAACAGAUAAGGGAGCUAAUGAAGGUUGAUGGCCUUACAAAUGAUGAAGUCAAAAGUCACUUACAGAAAUUUCGUCUCCACACAAGAAGGCCAACCACUAUGAUUCCAAACAGUGCAAACUCCCAAACUGCUCCGUUGUUUCUUGUUGGCAACAUUUUUGUUCAGCCACAAGAAUAUGCUGCUGCUACUGCUGCCAUAGCUACCUCAACAGUGUCAUCAGGGGAAUUAACCACGGUUACAACUGCACCACAUGCUGCUAUUUAUGCACCUGUGGCCACACAUCCAACUACCAUUGUUCCCCGCACACAAACUCAUCCUUCAAUGAAGAACUCACCAAAAUGCAACAAGUUAGAAGAUGUUUCAGAUCAUUCACAUUCAGAAGAAAGGGCUAAUCACGGUGAAGGAAAUUCUCCUGCCUCAUCAUCAUCCACACAUGGCACCACUUCACCUGGCUGUUGAUUUUGAAGAUGUGUGUAGAGAGGGAAAAAAUGAAAAAUAAAAACAGAAGUUUUGUUACCAAGUUCUUGUAGAAAGUCCUCUAUCCCUCAAUAUUUUUAUUUUUUUGGUUGUCCGAGAUUUAAUUAUAGAAGAGAAAUACAUAGAAAGUGACAAUUUUGAUCUAUAAAUAAGUCACCCAAUUUUAGUUGGA